CUAGUCAAACUUUAAGAACCCAUGAGUCAUGGCAUUGGGACAUGACUUUAAUUAGAGUUAUUUUAUCUUCUCUAUAUAAAUAGAGUAACAUAUUGGUUAUGCCAAAAUAUCACCACUUCUUGAGGUUUACUUGAACUUUAACACUAUAUAUAUCAUUAUAUUUAGAUAUAGUGAUAUAUAUAUAUAUUUUGAGCGAAAUAUCAAACACAAAGAGAGACAGUAUAGAGAAGGGGCGACCUGAGAUUUAUUAGAACAUAAAAUAAAAGCAAAGAUGGAAGGAAGAUUAAAUGUGGUUGUGUUUAUGGCAUUGAUGUUUGUAGGUGCUAUGCUAAAUGGCUCCUCUGCCCAAACAACACACGUUGCCGGUGACUCCAUCGGAUGGAUUGUCCCACCCGGUGGAGAUAUUGCUUAUCGCACUUGGGCCGCUACUAGAACUUUCGUUGUUGGUGACAUCAUCGUGUUCAACUUUACGACGGGAAUGCAUGACGUGGCAGAGGUGACGAAGGAAUCGUACGACUCGUGCAAUGCCAACAACCCAAUCACGAUGUCGACAACCGGGCCAACUACGAUUACUUUGACAUCUGCCCGUGAAUACAAUUUCAUUUGCACUUUCGGUAGCCAUUGUAUUUUGGGUCAGAAAUUGUCUAUCAACGUCUCGGCCGCCUCUGUCGCUCCUUCACCACAACCCACCACUCCACCGGCUCCAGCUGCACCGGAAACCACCCCAUCACCGGCGGUGCCCGCCACCCCUCCGCCAGCAGCUUCACCUGCACCCACCCCAAUGACUUACGUCGUCGGAGACAGCCUUGGAUGGACCGUACCACCCGGUGGGCCUAUUGCAUACCGAACAUGGGCUAUGGGCAAGACUUUCAUGGUUGGAGACAUUUUAGUUUUCAACUUUUCAAACCGCCAACAUGAUGUGGCAGAGGUGACAAAGGCAGAAUUCGACUCGUGUAACAUCAGCACCACCACCACCGCGCCCAUAACCACCGGCCCCGCCAGGAUCACCCUCUCCUCAGCCGGCGAAAACUACUACAUAUGCACCAUCACUCAGCAUUGUUCCUGGGGCCAAAAGUUAGCCAUCAACGUCACUGCCGGCACCGGCGGCUCAGCUCCAGCGCCUUCCUCCACCGCCACACCUCCUUCCGGCUCCGCUCCACCACCUUCUUCCACCGUCACUCCUCCACCCAGCUCCGGUGGUUUAACCCCAUCUACACCGUCAACCCCAACUCCUCCUCCUCCUCCGCCGAGCAAUUCUGCCCCAUCGUUUGCUGUUGCAGCUUUACCCUUCACUUUCUUUGCGGUUGCCGUCGCUUUGUUUAACUAGAUAUAUAGUGAUAAUAUAUAUACGCUCAAUCUUUUUCUAUUCAUUUCGAUUUCUACAUAUGUUCUACACUAUAUAUGUAGGUUGUAUUUAAAUUCCCUUCAUUGCCAAUAAAGCUGAUAUUUAGUAUUCAGCUAAGCUUUUUGAAUUGAUAUUUAUAUAUGUAUCAUUUUUGUUGGUGUUGACAAUAUAUAUUGAUUUGGUUUGUUUUA